CGCUAAUGUGCAAUGGAGAAGAAAGAGGAGAAAGAGAUUGUGGUUGCAGGAGAGCACCAUGUUCAAGUUGAUGAAGAUGGUGAAAAUGGCAAAAAUGUUGUUAAAAAAGAGGGGGAGUAUGAGAUUGUUGAGCAGAAAGAGGAGAAAACAGUGGAGUCUAAGAAAAGCAAGAGAGUUGCAGCUUUGGAUGCCUUCAGAGGACUCACUAUAGUGAUAAUGAUAUUGGUGGAUGAUGCUGGAGGUGCAUAUGAACGUAUAGAUCACUCUCCAUGGAACGGCUGCACUCUCGCAGAUUUCGUUAUGCCUUUCUUUCUCUUCAUCGUCGGUGUUGCAAUUGCUUUUGCUCUCAAGAGAGUUCCAAAUCUCCCAAGUGCAAUCAGAAAGAUAGUCAUCAGAACUCUGAAGCUUCUCUUCUGGGGAAUUCUUCUUCAAGGUGGAUACUCUCAUGCUCCUGAUGACCUCUCCUAUGGAGUUGACAUGAAACAAAUCAGAUGGUGUGGUAUUCUGCAGAGAAUAGCACUAGUCUAUUUUGUGGUGGCUAUGAUUGAGGCUCUAACCCUUAAGCUUCGACCAACUGUUCUAAGCUCAGGAAAUUUCAAAAUUUUCAGUGCAUACCAUUGGCAGUGGCUUGGAGGCUUCAUUGCAUUUGCCAUAUACAUGGUCACUACAUUCACACUAUACGUUCCAGAUUGGAGCUUUGUGUUCCACAGUGACGGCGAUCCUAAUGAUGGCAAGAAAUUUACAGUUAAAUGUGGUGUUAGAGGACACUUAGGUGAAGCUUGCAAUGCAGCUGGUUAUAUCGAUAGGGAGGUUUGGGGCAUUAAUCAUCUUUACUCACAGCCAGUUUGGAUUCGAUCGAAGGCAUGCACAAGUAGUUCACCAAAUUCAGGACCAUUACAAAAGGAUGCUCCUGCUUGGUGCCUUGCUCCCUUUGACCCUGAAGGCUUGUUGAGCUCAAUAUCGGCUAUCCUCUCUGGAACUAUUGGAGUCCACUAUGGACAUGUCCUAAUCCACUUUAAGGACCAUAGAGAAAGACUAAAGCAUUGGACGAUAAUGGGGGUCGGUUUGCUAGUAAUUGGCAUCAUCCUUCAUUUCACAACUGUCAUUCCUAUCAACAAGCAACUCUAUAGCUUCAGCUAUGUUUGUUUCACGGCGGGUGCUGCAGGAAUUGUUUUAUCAGCCUUCUAUAUAUUGAUUGAUGUAUGGGGUAUAAGAUUGCCAUUCCUAUUCCUAGAAUGGAUUGGCAUGAAUGCUAUGCUUGUCUUUGUAAUGGCAGCACAAGGAAUUUUUCCUGCUUUUGUGAAUGGGUGGUAUUAUGAAAAGAAAAAGAAUUCUCUUGUUCAUUGGAUUCAGAGGCAUGCAUUUAUUGAUGUAUGGCACUCACAAAGACUAGGGACUCUUUUGUAUGUAAUAUUUGGUGAGAUUGUCUUCUGGGGUGUUGUAGCAGGCAUUUUUCACAAGCUUGGGAUCUACUGGAAACUUUGAACAUUUUUAAAAAAUGUAUACUUGGAAUGAUUUUCUCUCCAAAGAAAGCAUGUAUUACAUAACAGAAUUCCAAAAUGGUUUAAAUGGGUUGGUGUAUGUCUAGAUGUCCAUUGCUUCCUUGACUGUGAUCAUAUCACUUUCCCUAUUCUUCUAUCACUUCAUGCUUCCUAAAAUUACCUCUAUUGGUUCUUGUUCAUCAUCAUCACCAU